CAGGUGUAGUUUUGUAAUAUUUUAAACACAUGAAAUCUUAACAGUUGAUUUUCACUAUUAAACGGUUGAACAUCGAGAACUAGCAGUGUGUCAUAUUUCUAGAAAUUCAAAACUCGACUGUGCCAUAUUGUCUAUAUCCGACAUGACUCACCUUGGAUACGCCGUUAUCUGAACCGUCCCCGCGAGAUUGUGCAUUGAGUAAGAACUUGGCUGCCUGUUGUGAACAGAAUGGCAUCUGUUGUGCUUCUACUAGUCAUUGCUGUUUUAGCAACAUCGCAGGCGUACAACAUUCCACAGGAGUUGAUCUAUUGUUAUCGUGGUAAUUUCACGCAGCCCUCGGUGGGUUACAAUCAGCAGCUUCUAUUGGAGCUGAUUCAAAAGGUAGAACAGAACAAUCCCACUACGCUGGAUAUGCGGAUGCUCAGUGUGGAGCUGAUUCAUCGUCUUCGAAUCGACGGAAUCGAGAAAGCUCCAGGUCUGCAGGAAACCGAAUUCGUGACUCCCUACAGUACCCGAGGGAUUAUGGUGCCGAAGUACAAACUGCUGCUGCAGUUGGUGUCCAACAUUCCAGGAACCAUUGAAUUUGACAAAUUUCUCAGUCCUUUGGAAGUUUGCCUGCUUCAUCGUUUGCUGAGUAGUGCGGUGGAACCCUAUCAGCGCGGUGAUGAACGAACUAGCUGUCCAACAACAGUAGCCGACUCCGGGCAAAAUCCACAGGCACCGUGGGUAACUCAGAACAAGUCUCAACGUAACCAAACGAGUAGCACAACCUUCGAGCGUCCCAUAUCGCGUUGCCCUCUAGAAGGUGGCACCUGUCGGAGUGUGCGUUACGGCUCCGUAGCACCCGGAGUACUCGUCAUGUCGAUAGCAGCUGGAUUGCAACCGCAGAACGUCCGAAUUAGUGAGUUCAUCUCUGCUUACAAGCGGAAGAGCACAUAUGAAAAUCUAGAAACUAUGGAACGCAUGGAUACUAGCAACCAGGUGGAGAAAUUGCUUGCUUCCAUGGAGUCGAUCGACAAUAUAUACGCAACUGGACUAGCGGGAGAUCUGGCAGAGGUUUGUCUUUAUCAAGGUCCGUAUGUGGGUACGGACCUAAGAGUAGGGUUACGGGGAACCUGGAACGACACGUACUUCCCUAGGAUACGAUUCCUCGCGGAAACACACGAAGGCCGCUGGGAGAUGACAGACAGUGAAGUCCUGUCGGGGAUCGAUGGUUACUUCCUGGCUCAACAGGUUCCCUACUUUGUGAACAAGGUUAGAAGACUUCGGCUUUCGCAGGUGCUAGACAUGUAUUACAGUGCCCGAGGUAUUCCGAUUGUAUCGAUUGAAAAUCUAGGAAAACGAAAGCUUCCCAACAGCAGAUUAACGUCGAGUGCAAAGUUGUCCAAGAAAUCCGAACUCCACGAAGAUUCGUUGAAUACACUGUUCAAUGCCGAGCGGAAGACCAAGUUCUGGAAAGUGUUCAACGAAGACGCAGAGGAAGAUCCGCAGGGAGAUACACAGAAUAUUCCCGACGAUAUCAACCGGGUUUGCUACAGGAAGGAAAUCCUUCAGUCCAUUGACAAGGAUCGCCUAAAGCAAGAGACGUUUAACUUUGUGCAGGUUCUGCAGUAUACGACCGGAAGUGUCGUUGUCGAGGACUCGCUCAUGCGGAGGAACUGCGAUGCGGCAGUCGAUCGAUUUUUCAGAUAUGCGAACAAUCUAUUGGACUCGUUUGAAGAUUGCAAUGCUGUGGCACCUUCGGGCACACUACCCAACGUAGAUUUGCUGCUAGUUAUUGACGGAUCCAGGAGUGUCUACGAAAACCAGCGAAUUAUCUAUCACAUAGCCGAGUUAAUCGAAGUAUCCGUCUACGGUUCGUCCUUAUCCGUCAUCAACGGUCAAACCGGAGAAUUUAUGGUCAACCGAACCAAUAGCUUGUCCAACGUUUUUGAGCAGCUGUCAGCCUUCGAAGGAUCUUAUCCUGCUGGGCUGUCACUGUCCAACAGCUUCGAUUCCAUCGUUCAACGGUUAUCGGCGCAGAUAGACGAAGAGCGUGCUUACCGAACGGUUGGUGCCAACUCACCUGUCAUCAUGGUCAUAUCCCAGGGUCAACGCGUGGUCAAUACAGACUUCAUCAGUGCCCGUCGAAUGCUGACGAGUACAUUCGAACAGUUUCCGGAUUUGUACUUUCUUUUCCUGACCAACGAUGCGACCACCUUUAACCAGUUGAUUGAUUUUACGGGAACAUCUCACAGCCGACUGCCCAUCGAAGAGCACUACAAAAUCAUUGAAUCCUCUUCCAUCGAUCCUCAACCGUACAGCGAACUACUGCUGGCCACCCUCAGCGGUAUCCCGCAGCGUUUGGUGGCACCGUUCUGCCGGACCGACGCCAAUCGCAAGUCCUGGCGAGCGGUCAACGUGCGCGAAGAAUACGAACAGUAUCUCAGUCCGGGAGUGGAACUGCGCUUCCGAAUCAGUCGUAGCUUUCUGCUCAGUACCGGCCACCUUGGGAUUCAGUUCCAGAAUUCCGCCUACGGAGAGUUUACCGUGUGCGGAACGAUGGAUCAUAGCUUCGCGGGGCUUGCCUGCCAGACUACUACUCCGGAGCAGGACAUUGUAUGGUUCAACUUUACCGGGUUGUGUUCCGGCGUGCCGGGCAUCGCAUGUACAUCGUUGUACUUCCUGGUGCAGAUGGAGACGUCCUACAUGAAGUGUGCGGAAAAUGAUUGCCGCUAUCCGGAUCAGGUUCGGUUCGUUAUCAAACACGAUGGGUUGCGGUGUCCGAUGGAUGGUAGCGGAGCGUGGAGAUUCGGGACGACCGGCUGGAUUGUUCCAGCCGUGGCAGUAUUUUUAUUGAUUAAGGAUGUUUUUGCUAAGUUAUAUUAAGUU